GUCCCUGCCCGAGGAGGGGGAUUGAGCGGUGCGCUCUGCUCCGGGAGCGGGAAGAAGAAGAGGAAGAAAGGGAUAGGAUGCAAGCGACGGCAGCUGCAGGGAAGGUCUGUGCCAGACGGGAGGAGGAAAGGGAAGCCUAUCCUGUACUCUUAUUUCCGAAGCUCCUGCUCCUGGAGGGUCCGCAUAGCUCUUGCCCUGAAAGGGAUCACCUAUGAGACCAUCCCAGUUAACCUCAUCAAGGACGGGGGGCAGCAGUUCACGGGCGAAUUCCAGGCAAUGAACCCCAUGCAGCAGGUCCCAGCCCUCAAGAUCGAUGGCAUCACCAUUUCCCAAUCACUGGCCAUCAUCGAGUACCUGGAGGAGACGCGGCCCAGCCCGAGCAUCCUGCCCCGGGAUCCCAAGAAAAGAGCCAGCGUCCGCAUGAUCUCCAACGUGAUUGCCGCCGGCAUCCAGCCCCUGCAGAACCUGUCUGUCCUGAAGCAAGUGGAACAGGAGAAACAGCUGGCCUGGGCACAGCAGUGCAUCUGCCAGGGUUUCAAAGCUCUGGAGCAGAUCCUGCAGGGCACGGCCGGGAAGUACUGCAUGGGAGAUGAGGUCUCCAUGGCGGACCUCUGCCUGGUGCCUCAGGUAGCCAAUGCUGAGAGGUUUAAGGUGAACCUUGCCCCCUACCCCACCAUCAAGCGCAUCAACGAGGCGCUGCUGAACCUUGAGGCCUUUCAAGUGACCCACCCCUGCCGGCAGCCCGACACGCCUCCAGAGCUGCGAGCCUGAAGCCCAGCCUGAUUCAUCCCUCCCCUCCCCAGAGGAUCAUGGAGUGGUGGUCGGUCAGGCUGAACAGAACCGGGUCAGGCACAGGGCCCUGAAUGCCCAGGAGCAGCAAGGCCACCAGAGGACCUAUGCCUUCUUCCUCCUGCCACCCAACACCAGUCCCCUUUCCACACUGUCACUCAGGAGAAGGAAAAAGCUAUCUCUCCGUUUGGCCCUGUAAAGGGAGAGAAUUCUGUUCUGGUUUGAACCGGGCAGGAAGAAGCUUAAUAAAAACUUAAGAAAAUGCCUGAA